GGCCUGACGUCUGGGAGAGCUGCGUGCUGCACGCUCCCCGAUGCGGCAUCUUUUCGUGCUUGCUGACACCAACGCUCCCAGCACGCUGGUAAUGACUCUGGCGAUUUGCAACUCCAGCCAACCACCAUGUCGCACAAACUUAUCGAAAGGCCUCAUUUCUCAGCGGCCGUGUCUCAGCCCUCCACAACCCCACGCUGCCAUAAUCUCCGAGUCCGGCUUCGACGCCGGCCAAGGCCCGUCUUUGCCACAUGGAGGGCGCCUCUUGGGCAGCACUGCCUUUGCCGAGGAUGUGUGCACUUGUGGGAACCGCUGAGAGCAUCGUCGCCGGCCAGCUGCCCAUCUGCCGCACCGCCGCAUCGCCUUUCGAUUGUCAUUGGCACCGUCUCCAUCUGCGGCUGUGGGGUGCAGAUCAGAUCUAUCGAAUGUUUAUCGGCAGGGGCUGCGGCCUGCGACAUCAUCACUCCAGCUCUCAGGGCGCUUCCUCUCGUGCGCAUGACGAAGAACGCAGCCAAUUAUUGACGAAUGCCUAACAAUUAUCGUGCACAACUCUUUCGGGCUGUUUCCCAACCUCACGUUACCUUCCUUCCAUUCAAUAAAGCGCAAGUAUUGGCCAGCUGAGUGGCCACGCUGAACCUUCUACGAUAACUGCGCGACUCGUUGGCGUUCCAGAAU